AUGAAGUUCUUCGCUGUCGCCGCCCUCUUCGCCGCCACUGCUCUGGCCCUCCCCGAGACCGGCCCGAAGGUUGGCAAUGCCGCCCAGGAGCUGUACGGAAAGUGCUCCAACGGCAAGCGUUCUUGCUGCAACUCGGACCCUACCAGCGCAAAGCUCAACGCGGAGCAGCACGCCAACCUCUUGGGUCUGCUUGACGGCCCUCUCAUUCCCGGCCUGAACUCUGGCGAGUACAGCGGCUGCAGCGACCUUCUCAACCUCAUCCCCGGUCAGUGCCAGGGUAGCAUUGCUUGCUGCGACGACAACAGCGUCAACAGCGGUGUCAACGUCGUUCUUCCUUGCCUCGCUGUUCCCGUUGGAGUUUAA